GGGUGUCAGAAGAUAGUGAGUUCCUAUUGUUGGAAACAUUCAAGCAGAAGUUAGAUAACCGUUCACUGGUAAUGUUGCAAUGCCCCUUGGUAGGAGAUUUGACAAAUGGCCUCUGGCUUUUUUCCCACCUCCAAGGCUCUAUGACCAUGACAGUAAGGCACAUUUAUAAAGUGCACUGAUCCAAGUGUAGAAAGGCACAGUCUCUUUGCUAGAGACUGCAACACUGAAAUACUGGGUCUCCUGGGGAGGCUGAGUUUUAGGAUUAAAGGAGUCAGUGAAGAAAGUCUGUCCUCAAAACACCCCGCCUUACCCUAAUCAAGGCAAAGUCUGCUGACUCCAGCUGGUUCCAGUUAGCCUGUAGGAAUACAGACAGAUCCAGGCUGUAGGAAUGAACCGGCUCUUUCUAAGUGGCCUGGAGCAGCCUCAGAAUGUCCUCCCAAAACAUUGAGUACUGACUGCUCUCAGUACCUGCAGCUUCUCUAUGAGCCGGUCCCUUCCUAGGUCCCUGGGACCCAGUUCCCCGCUUCUGCCUUUCAUGGGCCUGGGACCCUCAGGUCCCCGGAGCUGGAAGGCAUGAAUGCCUCAAAACGACUUUUGACCAAAAAAACCAAUUCAAAAUUUGACCAGCAAGGACAGCCUCUUCCUGAAAUCCCCCGCUCACUUCAAUACAGGAAGUAGAAAUAACUGAGACUGAAAAGGCAGGUCUCAAAGUCUCUUCCCCACUUCGCAGGUCUGCGCUCGGGCUGCUUGGGCCCCGGGACUGGGCGGAGGAAACCGAGAAGAACGUGUCCAGCAGAGUGAAGCUUGGGCCCUCCCUGAAAAGGAGAAAAAGGGGGAGAGUGCGGGGAGGAAGGGGGAGAAGGAUGCGGACCCCUUCUCUGGGGAAGCCUAGGGGCCGCUGCCUGCAGGCGGGACUCGGAAAGUCCUUCUGAAGUUUGAGCUGCCCCAGUGACUUGGCAGGGAUGAUGAAACCGGCGGGGGACCGAGAAGCCGGGGACCACCCCGGUCCUUUUCCAAAUGUUGGACAAGGAGAGAAAGAAGAGAAGACAGAGGAGGGAGAGGAUGAAGACACUGAAUCACUUUGGUCAGCUGCUCUGAGGAAUCGCCUUCCCCGGGGAAUUAGUGUUCUAGAAAAACUUAUUGCAACCUGCCCCGUCUGGCUGCAGUUGGACAUGGACAGGGACAAGGCAGCUCAGAUCCUCCAAGGCCAAACAACUGGGAUCUUCUUGGUCCGGCGGGAGAGUAAUCUCAAACACAUGAUCCUCUCAGUCCAUUUCCCUUCCCUGAAUGAGAGUCUUUCAGAUGUGCUGGAAUACAACAUUAAAGAAGAAAAGUCAAUCCUGUACCUGGAAGGAUCUGUUCUCGUAUUUGAGGAUAUCUUCAAAUUGAUAGCUUUCUACUGUGUCAGUAGAGAUUUGCUGCCCUUCACCUUAAGACUGCCUCAGGCGAUUUUGGAAGCCAACAACUUUAAAGAGCUGGAAACCAUCUCUAACCUGGGGCUAGGUUUCUGGGACUCGUCUCUAAAUCCUCGGAAAAGGAAAGAAACCCUGGGUCUGCUCCCGAAGGACUCAGCUCUGGCCACACCCCUUGCCACCAGCCUCAGAUCCCCCUCGUGUUACGCAAACUGCUCGUGUGAAAUUGAGUUGUCGAUAGGAAAUGACAGAUUGUGGUUUGUGAAUCCUAUUUUUAUAGAGGACUGUAGCAGUUCACUAUCUUCAGAUGAACCCCUGCUUCAGAGCAGCCAGACCAGUUCGGAUCCCCCUGUUGUUAGCUCGUCUGCUUCUACAAGAAUUCCUAGAAGGCGGCCACCCCCUCCUCCUCUUCCUCCUCCUCCUCUUUCUUUUGCACCUGCUCCUGCUGCUGUUGGCCCCCUCUCUCCUUCUGCCCUCACUGUCUCCGCUGCUGCUGUUGUCCCCCCUUUUCCACCUCCCUCCACUGUCUCUGCUGCUGCUGCUGUUCCCCUCUCUCCUGCCCCCACUGUACCUGCUGCUGCUACUGUCCCCCCUUCUCCUCCUCCCCUCACUGUCUCUGCUGCUGCUGCUAUACCCCUCUCUCCUGCAGCUCCCCCUGUCUCUGUUGUAACUGCUCCUCCUUCCACUACUGUCUCUGCUGUAAUCACUCCCCUCUCUCCUCCUGCUUCCUCUGUCUCUGCUGCUGCUCCCCUCGCUCCUCCUGCUCCCCCUGUCUCUUCUGCUACUGAUGCUCCCCUCUCUGCUCUUGCUCCCACUGUCUCUUCUGCUGCUGCCCAUGCCCCCCUCUCUCUUAGGGAAUCUUCUCUUUCACCAGUUCCUUCACCCUGCCUUCCAAUUUGUAUAUCCUCUGCACCUCCUACAGAACUCCCUGAAAAGUCUGGCCAACAGCCCUUGACUCCCUGUGCAAAGGUCCCGCCCCGUCCUGUAAACCUAAGACAUAUUGGUGAAGACCAUAAAAAGGAGACUGUGGUGUCCUACUCAUCCCCACAGUUCCUGGCAUCCAAAAAGGGCACCCGGCCAGCUAUCCCCCCCAGAAGGAGGCUCUCAGAGAGGAUUUCAUCAGAAGACAACAGCAUGGUGAAGACUGAUAGGGCUGAAGGACUGAGGGGUCAAGAGGAACAGCAGGGUAAUCCCAGGACCAUCUCCAAAAGCCCUCCAACCCAAAAAGCACCAGCUGCUCCCGGAAGAACUAUGGAACAGGUUGUACAGGUGGAGGAACCUGUCCAAGUAGGUGGUAUAGGGAAUGGCCCUGAGCAACCCAAAAAAACUAAACAACCUCCCAUUCCACCACCAAGGAAGAAGAGGAUUUCUCGGCAGCUUGCUUCCUACCUCCCCAGCCAACUGGAGAAUCCUGAACUCAUAGGGGAACAGCCAUCUGGACAGACCAUCCCAAGUCUUUCUAUAACCAGCUCCCCUGCCCAAGAAGGCCCUACUACCCACUCAGUGAUUCAGGGGGAGGUCAAAGGCACCCCCCAGUCCUUGGGUUCCUCAGAGUUCACAGGCUCCAUAGCUUCACUGGCUGACAGCCUGGGGACACCCACCCUCACCCCAGACCAGGACUCCUACUCAACCAGCAGCACAGAGGAUGACCCAGACCAGUACAGCAACGCCAGUGUAAAGAAGAAGUCCUCUGUGAUCCUGGGCAAGGCCAAACACCGACUGUCUUUUGUCAGCUUCUCCAAUGUUUUCAAUGCCUUCCUUUCCAGCAAUCGUAAGCUACAAAAGAAAGUGGUGGAGCUGGCCCAGGACAAGGAGACAUACUUUGGUAACCUGGUCCAGGAUUAUAAAGUGUACAGUUUGGAGAUGAUGGCAAAACAGAGCUCCAGCACAGAGAUGCUCCAAGAAAUCCGAAUGAUGAUGACCCAGCUGAAGAGUUACCUGCUGCAGAGCACUGAGCUCAAGUCUUUGGUGGACCUCACUCUUCAUUCGGAGGAAGAACUCGAAGCCAUUGUAGAGUCUGCCUUAUAUAAAUGUGUGCUGAAACCCCUGAAAGAGGCCAUUAAUUCACACCUCCAACAGAUCCACUCUAAGGAUGGAACCCUCCAGCUCCUAAAGGGAAAUCAGUUAGUCAUCUUGGCCACUACCACCACUGAUCUGGGUGUGACGACCAGUGUGCCAGAAGUUUCUGUCAUGGAGAAGAUCCUUCACAAAUUCACUAGCAUGCACAAAGCCUACUCCCCUGAGAAGAAGAUUGCCAUCUUGCUCAAGUCCUGCAAACUCAUUUAUGACUCCAUGGCCUUAGGGAACCCAGGGAAACCCUAUGGAGCUGAUGAUUUUCUUCCAGUCCUCAUGUAUGUCCUGGCCCGUAGCAACUUGACAGAAAUGCUUCUCAAUGUUGAAUACAUGAUGGAACUCAUGGACCCAGCCCUGCAGUUGGGGGAAGGUUCCUACUAUCUCACCACGACCUAUGGGGCCCUGGAACACAUCAAGAACUAUGACAAGAUCACUGUUACAAGGCAGCUGAGUGUGGAGGUACAGGAUUCCAUCCACCGCUGGGAACGUCGCCGGACCCUUAACAAGGCCCGAGCCUCUCGUUCAUCCGUGCAGGACUUCAUCUGCAUCUCCUUCCUGGAGCCGGACAACCAAGCCCGGACUCUGGCAUCCAAGUCGGACACUUUGGCUGAGCAGUUGAGAGCCCAAUGUGCGGAGAAAUUCGAGGUGGCCCAGCCCCAAGACCACAGACUCUUUGUCCUGGUGGAUGGCAAGUGCUUCCAGCUGGCAGAUGAUUCCCUUCCCCAUCACAUCAAGGCCUACCUACUAAAGAGUGAACCCAAGAGGGAUUUCCAUUUUAUUUAUAAAGCAAUGGACAGAGGAGAGAGCCAGCCACCCAUUGUGAAGGAGCCAAAUUUUCUCUAAAAAUUGUUCUCAUCUCCAAGAUCCAAUCACUGAACUCUUAUCUUAACUAGUACCUUUGGAAAUCAGGAAGUCAUAUAUCUGCUGGCCUCCCUCCCAAUCACAGAAAAGAAACUAUUUCUUUAAAUCUGCUACAGGUAGGAAAUAGUAUCACUCAAUCAAGCCUCUCACCCAUGAAAGCAGAGGUGUGCUCGUGGUGUUUACAAUGUGGGAUUCAGGCUUCACACUUGGAUCUCACUAAUAUGCAGUAUUUAUCCCAAAAUCCUCCCUCCUUCUAUUAGAAGAAAAUCAUUGUUGACCAGGGCAAUAGUGUGCAUGCACAUACACAUACACAAGAGCCUUCAGAGCUUGGAAUCAUGGACUGCUUCUCAUGGUACAUUAAAAGCAUCCAGUCCAACCUCCCUUAUUUUAAAAAUGAAGAAAUGGAGCUCCAGAGAUGGGAAAUGUUUUGCCCAAUCAGGAAUCACACAGUUAGGGAAAAAUAAAGCUGGGACUUUUCAAACUCAGGUCUCCUGUUUUGGACCCCAAGGCCCUCUCCACUAGAGCUCCUUCCUGGUUCCUAAAACCUUUUCCAGAGAAAAGCUCACUGGGGAAAUUAUCCCAAAAUUGUAAUAAACAGAACUACCUGACCUUGGGGGAAGGAGAGAGGAGGAAGGAGGGAUGCUACAACUCUGUGGGCUCUAUGGUUGCAGUCAACCAAGUCCUACUUCAAGACCAACAGGGCAAUUGCAAUUAGCCAGGUGUGGAUCCCUGCCUUGGGGCCUCCAUAAACCAGUCCUUUUGAAGUAGGGCUCCAAUGUGAAGUUCAUAAAGACUAUCCAGGGGUGGGUUAGCACUUUAAUCUCUAAAUGUCCUGUGCAGUGAGAAGGGAUAGGUUUCAGAAAUCCCUCUGACACUGUAGCAGGCUACAGGAAUGCUCAGGACUUCCAUGGGAGACAGAAGGGGAGGCUUUGCCACCGAACUUCAGCUGGACACCUCUGGGUCAGGGGAAGGGGAAGUUCCAUUCCCUUCAAUCCCACUGUCCUCAGGAAUGUUUACCUUUUCACGUUGAAGAAUGGAGUCCCCAAUUAUCCUUCUCAACUGAAGGGAAAACUGACAGGAACACAGAUUAACAAGGGAGGUAGGGACUCAAUGAAUAGGGGGGGCACUGUGUAAAUGUAAAGGACUUUGGGGAGAUCAAUAAACAUAAUUUUGAAACUGAUGUGCUAUGGCCUGAAUGUUGAGAAUAUGAGAUGUAGGUACAAGAUUUCUCAAGUUAACUGUUAAAAAUUGAAAGGAAGCACUAGACCUCUUCCCCUUUAGUGCUUUUAAACCCUACGUUUUCUGUUUCAAGUUGUAAAACUAGAAAAGCUGCUUAUAUUUGAUUGUCUCUUCUGUUACAUUCUCUGACAAGCCUUGGUUGGUUGAGAU